AUGAUAAAGAACAACCAAACUGUCAUCUCCCAGUUUCUUCUCCUGGGCCUGCCCAUCCCCCCAGAGCACCAGCACCUGUUCUAUGCCCUGUUCCUGGCCAUGUACCUCACCACCGUCCUGGGGAACCUCAUCAUCAUCAUCCUCAUAAUACUGGACUUCCAUCUCCACACACCCAUAUACUUGUUUCUCAGCAACUUGUCAUUCUCUGAUCUCUGUUUUUCCUCUGUCACAAUGCCCAAGUUGCUGCAGAACAUGCAAAGCCAGGACACAACCAUCUCCUAUGUAGGUUGUCUGACACAAAUGUACUUUCCAAAUGUUUUUGCAAACCUAGAGAACUUUCUUCUUAUGUUCAUGGCCUAUGACCGCUAUGUGGCCAUAUGUUACCCUCUUCGUUAUACCAGCAUCAUGAGUCCCAUUCUCUGUGUUUGUAUGGUGUUUAUGUCCUGGUUACUUACCAUGCUGAAUUCCACAUUGCACACUGUACUUAUUGUUAAAUUAUCAUUCUGUGAGGACAAUGUGAUCCCCCACUUUUUCUGUGACAUAUCUGCCGUUCUCAAGUUGGCCUGCUCUGACAUUUAUAUUAAUGAGCUAACGAUAUUUAUCACGGGAGCAUUCAUUAUUGUCAUCCCAUUCUUACUCAUUGUUGUGUCCUAUGUACAAAUUGUCUGCUCCAUUCUAAAGUUUUCAUCUACACGGGGAAUAGCCAAGAUCUUUUCCACCUGUGGCUCCCACCUGUCUGUGGUCUCACUGUUCUAUGGGACAAUUAUUGGUCUCUACUUAUGCCCAUCAACUAAUAACUCUACUGUGAAGGACACUGCCAUGGCUAUGAUGUACACAGUGGUGACUCCCAUGCUGAAUCCCUUCAUCUACAGCCUGAGGAACAAAGAUAUGAAAGAGGCCCUGAUUAGAGUCCUUUGCAAGAAGGAAAUAUCUUUAUAA